AUGUCUCUUCCCAAGGUCCGCAACUCGUACGCGCUAGUGCUAGCGUUAGCGGCGGUGUUUGCUGUUCAGUUUAUAUGGUUCGAGUGGAUCGUGCCUUCCAGAACGGCUGGGGCCUGCUCGUGGGCUGAAACAGGCCUGAAUCCUACAAACGUGCUACUUGUAGCUGAUCCUCAGCUAAUAGACAACCACACAUAUCCAGGCAGAAACAGUGCUUUGCUUAAGCUUCUGCAGCAUACAGUUGAUAAGUAUGUGGCUCAGAAUUAUAAGGCCAUGGUGGGAAAGCUCCAGCCAGAUUAUAUCUUCUUUUUGGGUGACUACUUGGAUAAUGGACGUCUGGCCACGGAUCAGUACUUCAACCAUGAAGUACGUCGUUUCUGGCGUAUCUUUGAUCGUUGGCCUGGCAAGUACGUUCACGGAAAGAACUGGUUUACGAAUGUACCAGGAAAUCAUGACAUUGGCUUUGGCAAUGCUGUCAAGGCUCACCUGCGACAACGGUUUGAAGGUGUGUUUGGCCUUGCCAACACUGUGGUGGAAGCUGGAGGUGUGGAGUUUGUGAUGGUGGAUACGCCACUGUAUUCUGCUGAUAAUGGGUUGGAGGCUGACGCUCGGCAUUUUGUGAAUAGCCUUGAUGUUGGCAAACUGACAUCGGAGAAUGACCAGGCUACUGGAGAAAGUAAUACCAGGAGAGCAGAGGAUGCUGGUGAGGAUGUUGGUGGUAUCAGUGAGUCUGUGGAUCCCAUCACUGGAAAAGCCAUUGACGAUACGAAGGCCGCUUCCGAGGAGAAACCAGAGACGGAUCUUACAGGUCUUGGAUCGGCCUCUGAUGGCUCAGCAAAGGCACCAGAAGUUGAAGCUGCUAAUGCAGCUGCCCCAUACAAUGAAAAAUCCUCGGAGAAAUCAGCUCUUGAUUUAGAGACAGAGUUGAACGCUCCUAAUCCUCCUCCAGAGAAGCCCAAGUCACAGCAAGAUGACCUGCCAAAGGCUGCCGUCCCAGAAUCUUCAUCUGGAUCGACCGAGUCUCCUUCUACAGAAGACAUUCCAGCCGUUUUAACUCGGAAACCAAGGAUUCUCCUUUCCCAUGUUCCACUUUAUAGGGACACCAAGGUCCAAACAUGUGGUCCACUCCGUGAAAGUCUGGUAUUCCACCAAAACAAAGGGUACCAGUACCAGCUGGCGCUUCUUCCAGAGGUCUCGAGCGAGAUUCUUGAGAAGUUACGCCCCAUAGUGGCCUUUUCAGGUGACGACCACGAUUACUGUGAUGUCACCCAUCCACUCACCAAUACUAGAGAGAUCACUGUCAAGUCCAUCAGCAUGGCUAUGGGUAUUUGGCAGCCAGCAGUGCAACUUCUUUCCUUUGAUGCUUCAUCAGCUACGCCAGAACUGCUUACUUACGACACUCAUUUAUGUUACCUCCCUACGCCAUAUCACAAUGUGAUCGCCUAUGCCAUAACUGCCGCCAUCAUCGGUGCCAUAUUACUUUCACACGCCCUCCGUCUUAGACCAUCCCGUUACAACUACAACUAUUCGAUUCUCCCAACGCAUGCCCACGACUACGCAGAGCUGUCGGCCAUUCUCAUGGAAAACCCCAUGUCCAGAAAAGUGUCUAACUUCUUGAAAGAACAAGAUGAAGGAUCCUCCUCCAUUUCUUCAACACCCCUCCCAGCUUACACUUCCACAGCAGCCAAACUGGCGCCAGAGAAAGUGGCUGCAAAGUUGAAGUACUCCAAGUUGGCAGUGAGAAGGUUCAUGAGAAAAUGGAACCUUGUCUUUUUCCUUCGCUUGUGUCUCGUGGAAUUCUUCUCUGUCAUGCUUGCCUACUUCGUUGUCGUGACAACGAUCUAA